UUCAACAGGAAAAUUUAUCGGAUUAGAAAAAUUCUUGUCUCUUUCUCUUUCGUUGAUCUCAUUCCGCAACAACAACAACAACUCACGUUCCUGAUGCAUAAUUUCUAUCUCCUCCAAAAGGAUGCAUGAUCGAAGCAGAAAGUUGCAAUAAGCGGUGGAGGAGAAGAAAUUGGAAGGUGAAUAGAGGGUAAUUGAAGAAGAUGAGCGCUACUAGGUUCAUCAAGUGUGUCACCGUUGGAGAUGGAGCUGUGGGCAAAACUUGCUUGUUAAUCUCCUAUACCAGCAAUACCUUCCCCACUGAUUAUGUGCCAACAGUUUUUGACAAUUUCAGCGCAAAUGUGGUUGUGAAUGGAGCCACUGUGAAUCUGGGAUUGUGGGACACUGCUGGACAAGAGGAUUACAACAGAUUACGACCAUUGAGUUAUCGAGGUGCCGAUGUUUUCAUAUUGGCUUUCUCUCUCAUAAGCAAGGCCAGUUAUGAAAAUGUUUCCAAGAAGUGGAUUCCAGAGUUAAAACAUUAUGCACCUGGUGUUCCCAUUAUUCUGGUUGGCACAAAGCUUGAUCUUCGAGAUGAUAAACAGUUCUUCGUAGACCAUCCCGGUGCUGUACCCAUUACCAAUGCUCAGGGGGAAGAACUUAAGAAGCUGAUUAAUUCACCUGCUUACAUUGAGUGCAGUUCAAAAUCACAAGAGAACGUGAAAGCAGUGUUUGAUGCAGCCAUAAGAGUUGUCCUUCAGCCACCAAAACAAAAGAAAAAGAAGAAUAAAGGACAAAAAGCUUGUUCAAUAUUGUGAUUAUCACUAUUUUUGUUCCGUUUAUUCAUUCCUUUGCCAUUGAAGAAGUUGGAGUCUUCUGGGUCUUCAUUUCACAUACUCAACAUCUCCUUGGACCAUAAAGUGCUUCUGGAUUCUAAUUGUCAAAUUUGCUUUUCAUGCUACUCACUUUUUUUUCUUAACUUAUGUUUUAUGUAUUAAUUUACUGGAAUAUCCCAGUUAGGA